GAACCUGUAUAAUUCUGUUGGCCUGUAACCCCACUAUAAAAGCUAUUUUUCUAUUGGACUAUAGCUAGAACUCAAAGAAAUGGAGGAAUACUAUUGGUAAUUGUGAAUAACUGAAAAUCUCUCUAGCUUUAAGUACCUGUUAACCUAAAAUCAAAGGGAACUUGGAUAGCAAAUGGUUCAUCAUUUUUGUUUUGAUUUGGGUUUUUUUUUGGCUGCACCAUGAGGGUUGCAGGAUCUUAUUUCCCUGAUCAGGGAUCGAACCUGUCGGAGUCUUAACAGCGGGUCACCAGAGAAGCCCCUCAUCCUUCAUUCUUACCAUCUCAAGGUAUGUGUAGUUUGCAAACAUUACUAUGCCCCACAUCUGUAAUAAUAAUCCUAGUAGCUUUUCUAUAACAUAGGGUAAGCCUUCAGGAAUUUGCUGUGCAUUGCGUGUGUGUGUUCAGUCAUGUGCAAGUCUUUGCAACUCCAUGAACUGUAGCCCUCUAGGUUCCUCUGUCCAUGGAAUUUUCCAGGCAAAAAAUACUGUAGGGUUGCCAUUUCCUACUCCAGGGGAUCGUUCUGGCCAAGGGAUCGAACCCGCGUGUCUUUUCUCUUCUAUAUUGGCAGGUAGAUUCUUUACCACUGUGCCACCUGGGAAGCUAUACAUUAGUCACAGCUAAUAUUGAGUUCAUAGUAAAUGCCAGGUAUGAUUCUAAGCAUCCCACAUAUUUUAGCCCAUUUAAUCUUCACCCAAUAUUAUAAGGUGGGUAUAGUAUUCCCUCAAAACAGAUGAAGGAACUGAGAUUUGAGGCUUAAUGAGAUUAAAUAAGACUUGGCAGCCCACUCCAGUAUUCUUGUUUUGGAGAAUCCCAUGGACAGAGGAGCCUGGCGGACUACAGUCCAUGAGGCUGCAGAGUCAGACACCACUUAGGGACUGAGCACACACCCCCAACGAGAUUGAAUAACUUGUCUGAGAUGACAGAGUAAAUGCCAGAGAAGUGGUUUUUAGGUUAGAAUCUACUGUCUCCUGAAAUGUGAAUGUUAAAACAUGAGAGGAAGAAGUCUUAGAGGACUCUGAUUCUGAAAGGGACAUAUACCAGCCUGUGUGCCAGGAGGCCUCUGGGUCUGCAUCUGCCACAGCGGCUUGUGGACCUCUUCUCUGGAGUGGAACAACAAAAAGCCAAAUUCUCUGGCUUUUUCCAUCCUGUCGUUGAAAGUUGCCCCUCUCCGUCCCCACACCCCCUUUCCGGUCACGGCAGCCUGAACUUUAACGACAGACUAAACUGUGAUUCUGGGCAAGUGACUUAACUGACACUGUACAUGGGGAUGAUAAUAACAGUGUCUAGUUCCUACAAUUUUGUGUGCCAUGAGCAUCCAGAUGCAUGUCAGCAGGGGCAAACGAUUACUGUUUUUCACGAUUCAACCCCACGACCCUUUAAUCGGCUGAGACCACAAGACUAACAACCCUCGCUGGAGGCAAUGGACUAGCUGAGCCGGUCUGGGCCGUGGACACCUGCCUCACUGCUGGGCAGCCCUCCCCUCAGCAGCAUAAAGCCUGGACUGCACCGGCCAAGAAAUCAACCUUCCUUUCACCUCUCACUGUGAAAAUUUACGGUGGACCUACAAGGGAGGUGAACAACGACCUGGCCCCGCAGGGCUGGACAAUGAAAAAGGCACGCCCCCGACAAGUUAAAAAUGAGAAGCCAGUGCAGGAUGGGUCCCGACUGGCCCUGAGGAACGUCCAGCCGCCAGCGGUGGGACCCUGGACUGACAGGAGAGCGCCACGGGACACAAGAACACUCCCCUCGACUGCGCCCGCGCCGGGCUCCAUAGCGCCAGCACCUUCAGGGCGCAGGCGCGGGCCCCGCCGCCCCGUCGACGGCGUCUCCCUGAGAGCUCUGCGGCAGCGCUGACCUGGUCGGGGCCACUCUUCCCCGCAUCUCCCAAGCACCGAGCGGGUGGUCGAGUGAACCGUGGCUCAAUUGGCCCCCGAGGCUUCCUGGGCAGGUGAGCCCUCUCCUGCAGCUCCCUUAAGUUAGCGGGUGAGGGCCGCCUUGAAAUCCGUUUUGACCAGGGCAGUGAUUCUCAAAACUUGUCUGUGGGGGAAGAAUUUCUCCACAGUUAGAUUUUCGGGCCCACCCCGACACUCAAAAGCAAGGGGUCUCGCGUGACUCGGAGGUCUGCACUCAAGCUUUCCGAGGAAUUCUGACCCCCGUACCCCGCCGGUCUACCCGUCGCACCCGAUAUAAGCUUAAUUUCCACUAACCGACCUAGUGAUCUCGCCCCUAAGGUUUCUGGGAUCUCGGGCUCGCGCGACGGUCCAGUCUCCCUACCCCAAUUGGCCCCUCCUUCGUCCCGCCCCCACAGGCAAAUAUUUUCUUCUGACUGGUCAGCGGUAAGUGUGUGGCGAAACCUGAACCAAUGGGCGCUAGAGUUCUCAGAACGUAAUCCGGAAGUUGGUCCUGAGCAGUUCCGAUUGGUUGUUGACGCCUAACCCGCGUUGAGACUUCCGGCGUGGGUGCGGAGCGCGGAGUCCUGUGAGGUGAAAGGCGUGGAGCUCAGGUCCUGUUCUAGGGCGGUCUUGGCGGGGGCGGGCCAAGGGGCGGUGCGGCGGCGCCCGCGAGCAACUGAGGCUGAGGCGCAGGAGCCGUUUGCGCCAGGGUUGGAGCCAGCUUUCUCGGCCAGGGUUUGGAGCCCCGGGCCACCUGGCUGUUGCGGACUCCAGCCAUCCUUGCGCUGGGCCAGGGGCGUCUUUGGCGUGCGCAGCUGGUUUCGCGGCCAAGGCGGUCUGGGGGCCUGAAGAUGGCGUCGGGUCCCGGCUUCCAGGACCGGGAAGGGCUCCUGAUAGUAAAACUGGAGGAGGACAGCGCCUGGAGCCAGGAGCUGCCCCAGCCAGACCCAGGUCCCAGCCCGGAGGCCUCUCACCUGCGCUUCAGACGGUUCCGCUUUCAAGAGGCCGCUGGGCCCCGGGAAGCCCUCAGCCGGCUCCAGGAGCUUUGCCACGGGUGGCUCCAGCCGGAGAUGCGCACCAAGGAGCAGAUCUUGGAGCUGUUGGUGCUGGAGCAGUUCCUGACCAUCCUGCCCCAGGAGAUCCAGAGCAGGGUGCAGGAGCUGCACCCGGAGAGCGGCGAGGAAGCGGUGACUCUCGUUGAGGAUAUGCAGAAAGAACUUGGGAGACUGAGACAGAAGGUCACAAACCGUGGGCGGGGAACAGAAAUGCUUUUGGAGGAGCCUUUGCCUCUGGAAACAGCACAAGAGUCACCGAGCUUCAAGCUGGAGCCCAUGGAGACUGAGCGAAGCCCUGGCCGCAGGCUGCAGGAGCUGCUAGGCCCCGACCCCAAAAGGGACCCUCAGACUGUAAAGGAGAGGGCAUUAUCUGCUCCCUGGCUUUCUCUCUUUCCUCCCGAAGGAAACAUGGAAGACAAGGAGCUGACUGGGCCCCAGUUGCCUGAGAGCUUAGAGGACGUGGCUAUGUACAUCUCCCAGGAGGAGUGGGGGCGUCAGCAUCCUAGUAAGAGGGCCCUCUCCCGGGACACGGUGCAGGAGAGUUAUGAGAAUGUGGACUCACUGGAGUCUCAGGUUCCCAGUCAGGAGGCCCUGAGCACCCAGGUGGAACAUGGAGGAAAGCCCUGGCACCCCAGUGUCCAGACUUGCAAGGAAGGUCUGAGCUCCAGGACCCCAGCUCCAGGGGAAGAGAAAUUUGAGAACCAGCAAGAGUGUGCUCAGUCUGUUUCCCCUGAGAGUAUCCACUGUCAGGCACUGCUGCCUGGCCAGGCCAGAGGGGAGGUGCCCUGGAGUCCUGAGCAGGGAAGGCCUCGGGACAGGGCAGAAAAGCUUUGGGAGCCUCCCACAGAGGAUCGAAUGGAGCAGUCCUUAGUGGGGGCCACAAGUUGCAAAAAACUGGGACGACCAACGGAACUGCAGCCGAAGAAGCUCCACUUAUGUCCCUUGUGUGGCAAAAAUUUCUCUAACAACUCGAACCUGAUUAGGCACCAGAGAAUACAUGCAGCAGAAAGACUGUGCAUGGGUGUGGAGUGUGCUGAAAUCUUUGGUGGGAAUCCACACUUUUUAUCACUACACAGAGCACACCUGGGAGAGGAAGCCCAUAAGUGCCUCGAGUGUGGAAAAAGCUUCAGUCAGAAUACCCACCUGACUCGCCACCAGCGAACCCACACAGGUGAGAAGCCCUAUCAGUGUAAUGUGUGUGGAAAGAGCUUCUCUUGCAACUCCAACCUCCACAGGCACCAGAGAACGCACACAGGCGAAAAGCCCUACAAGUGCCCUGAGUGCGGGGAGAUCUUCGCUCACAGUUCCAACCUCCUCAGGCACCAGAGAAUUCACACGGGAGAGAGACCUUAUAAGUGUGCUGAGUGUGGGAAAAGUUUCUCUCGCAGUUCACACCUUGUUAUUCACGAAAGAACUCAUGAGAAAGAGAGGCUGUACCCCUUCUCUGAGUGUGGAGAAGCAGUGAGGGACAGCACGCUCUUUCUUACAAAUCCGGGGACCCACCCCAAAGCAGAGAAGAAACUCUUCCAGUGUUUGACUUGUGGGAAAAGCUUCCGGCAGGGCAUGCACCUCACCAGACACCAGAGAACACACACAGGAGAGAAACCAUAUAAAUGUAACCUCUGUGGGGAAAACUUUUCUCAUAGAUCCAACUUAAUCAGGCACCAGAGAAUUCACACGGGAGAGAAACCCUAUACCUGUCACGAAUGUGGGGACAGUUUCUCUCACAGCUCCAAUCGGAUUCGUCAUCUGAGAACCCACACAGGAGAGAAACCUUAUAAAUGUUCUGAAUGUGGAGAAAGCUUUUCCCGGAGUUCACGCCUUAUGAGUCAUCAGAGAACUCACACUGGAUAGAAACAAUGGGAUUUCUUUUGGGCCCAGAUAAGGUGGCCUGUUCAGAGGGGCCUGUUAUUCAGAGCUCAUAUUCCUUACCCAUCGAGUAAUUACCCUGCCCUUGCAGGGCAGGGUCCUUCUGAGGGAAGUACAGAAGCAGCAAAGGAUUAGCAUAAAACUGAAAAGGAAUUCUGUUGGAAUUAGUGAGAAUAGCAAGUCUUUGAGGUGACCCACUCAAGCUGGAAUUCUGUGAAGUACUUCCUGUCCCAGGACACUAUCCCCCUCAUCAUAUUUAGCCAGCUUGUGAUGUGGGUGCCUUAUUCUGCCCUGUGUCCAUCCCAACAACUUUGGGAAUCCACGGACUUACUGCUUCCUCACUUGGGACAUUCAUCAGGAAUAUUUGGGCUCCUGAGGCCCUUGAGAGCAAAGAAGAGCAAUCAGGUUUCCUGGGAAAGCAGGAGGCACCAAAAUACUGGUGGUGACUUGCAGCUCUUCUGAAGGCCUGGCUGGGAAGUGCAUAGGCGGUCCCGGGCACCCACCGUCAGUGGCCUGACCAUAUUGGUCACUGGCAGGUCCUAAUGUAAUUGUCACCUCAAACAAAAAGGAACAAGAGACCUAAGGGAAAUAGACAGAAUUUGCAGGUCUGCCCGGAAAUAGGCAGAGGAAACUAUUUAAGUCUGAAUUAGUUUACCCUUUGCAGAGAUCGAGUCUUCAGAAGGUUCAUGGAAGAUGGGUUCCCUGGAAGACUUUGAAAACAUGGAUCCUGGGGAAGUUAGGAAUCAUGCCCACCCUUGUUGAAAAUAUGGUUGGAUGUUAAUAAAUAUCUUCAGGAAACAUGAA